AUUGAAAAGAGUGUCGAAAGACUCAAAACACAAGUGUGCUUCUUUGGCGUUGUCAAUAUCCACACCGAAGACCAAAUCAAUUUUCAAGAGUUCUCUUGGUAGUACGUAUUCCCUUAUCCACGACAGGAAGCAGAAGGAGAAAAUCUUGAACGAAUUUAUUUUGAGCCACCAAGUUCGUAACAGCAGCUGAUGAGCUAGGCUGGGGCACACCUGAGAGUCAGCAAUCAUUAUUAUUUUGUAGGCUUGUGUCCUGAACCUGCAGUCAUGUCUCGCGGCGAAUUUGGAUCAGCUGCGAGGGGUGAGGUGAGCUAUGGAACACUGGAAUCCACGGGACGCUCAUCAGGCUCCGCGGGCGUGUCCUGGCAAGAUGACACGAGCCAGUUUGAUAAAGUGGGUUCCAACACGCAGAUGAUAUCGUCCAAUGUUUCGUCGCUGGAGAAACUGCUGAAGCAGAUCGGUACACCGAGUGAUGGAGAACCACUACGUAAUCGUCUACACACGCUGUCUCACAACACGCAGGUGUUGGCAUCGGACACGAAUGUGGCGCUCAAGAACCUUGGAGUAUCCACGCAAGGUGCUAAUAAAAGACAGCAGCGGAUACAGCUUGAGAGACUACGCAAGGACUUCAGAGCUUCACUGACAAGAUAUCAGAAAGUGCAGGAGGCCAUUCAGGAGAAUGUGUCGCUACGUGCACCGCCAGGUGGACGGGAACGCAAUCCCUUCCAGGAGGAUGACGAUGACCAAGAAGCUCUCCUUGCCGCUGAUGAAGAGGAGCACAGGAGAGCGGUUCACCAGCAGACGAUGCAGGCGGAGUUCGAAACCGAGCAGUACGAAGAAAGAGCAACUCAGGUUCAGCAAAUUGAAAGAGACAUCCUGGAGAUCAAUGAAAUCUUCCGUGAUUUGGGUGCCCUGGUGCAAGAGCAGGGAACUCUUGUCGAUAACAUUGAGGAACACAUUGAGACUGGUCACCAUCAAGUGGAAGAGGGAAAUCGUCAACUAAGCAAAGCAGCUUUGUACCAGAAGAAGGCACGCAAGAAGAUGUGCUGUUUGGUGAUCGUCCUGCUGGUUGUCGCCGUCGCUCUCUUCUGUGUCAUUUACUUCCCGAUCAGAGCUAAGAAAAAUAAUUAAUCUCUCGCCAUGAAUGGACGGGAUGGCUUUCUUGCUGCCUCUGCUUCAAGCCAUGCAGAGGUGUGCUGUACAACGCAGGUGAUCUGCGAUGGCUGGCUGCCUCUCUGCACUGCACUGACAAGUCAGUGCAGUGCUGCGGCCAUGCAAGUGCAAGUCAGGUUGUGGGUGCACACACUGUGCGCCUGUUGUGAUUGUCUGCUGGUUCUCUGGCUGGGCCAGGUGUCCAUCAUCUAGUUUCGAACAGCCGUGUCUGCCUUAGCGACAACGCUCGGAAAAGUUUGCUUUGCUCUUGCGCACCUUUGCUAGUCCGUUAGCUUGUUUGUUCAUUCGCUUGUUUAUUUUCUGAUUUUUCUCUGGUCUUUCACGUUACUCACCGGCUAGUGUACGUUACUCACCGGCUAUUGUAUAAAGGAAACACAAUACUAGUGUAGUAGAUACUAUCUAGAACGCAGCUUACUAGCUAUCAACUCUAGCGGUCUAGGUGUUCCACUUGCCCCUUUGCUAUACGUCCCCACCAUUCUCUUUUUCCUUUUAUUUCUAAAAUUAAUCCGUUGACGAUGCCGUAUGCAUGAACUACUAGAGUCCCUGCCCACUUGUGAAGGCAGGCAUUGCAUGUUGCGGCCUGGUGCCCGGUGGCCUGGUGCCCGGUUAGGUCAUCCAUACAAGACAUCUCUACAUUAGAGAAGACCCUGUCAUGAAAAUCGCUGUUUCUCGGAUUUCUUCUUGCUCUAUAUUUUCAGAUCUUUGUCGUUGUGUCUGCUUGCACCUUUUUAAAAAGAAUAUCUAUUAUUGCUGCAGCAGGAAUCAGCUGUAGAACUUGCUGGGCAAUGCUGGGCAAUGCUGACAUUGCUGUUGAUUACAAUGUACAUGUAUGCUACUUUUAUAAGAUCUGUUUUGAGUGACACUGUUUCGUCCGUUUCAUAGUCAUUGUUGAUGGAACGUUUCAUUCCAAAAUUUGCCUGCAUCAACCA